AUGCAAAACCAUACAAGGGUAACAAUAUUCAUUCUUCGAGGACUGACAGAUAAUCCACAGUUGCAAGUAUUUCUUUUUGUGUUUCUGUUUCUUACCUACAUUCUGUGUGUGACUGGGAACUUGAUCAUCAUCACACUCACUUUGGUGGAUCCCCACCUGAAAACCCCCAUGUAUUUUUUCCUUCGAAAUUUUUCCUUCUUAGAAUUAUUAUUCACAACUGCCUGUAUUCCCAGAUAUCUAUACAGUAUGUCAACUGGUGACAAUACUGUGACGUAUAAUGCAUGUGUCACUCAAGUGUUUUUUAUCACUUUCUUGGGUUCGACAGAACUUUUCCUUUUGUCUACCAUGUCCUAUGACCGCUAUGUGGCUAUCUGCAAACCCUUGCAUUACACAGUGAUCAUGAACAACAAAGUUUAUAACCAACUCCUCCUGAGUUCUUGGGUGGCUGGGCUGGUAAUCAUCCUCCCACCACUUGGUGUCGGUCUUGAGCUGGAAUUCUGUGACUCCAAUGUCAUUGACCAUUUUGGCUGUGAUGCAUCACCACUACUGAAGAUCUCAUGCUCUGAUACAACUUUAAUAGAAAAGAUGAUUAUAGUCUUUGCUAUGUUGUUACUGAUCAUCACCUUAGUGUUAGUGGUUCUAUCAUAUGUGUAUAUCAUCAGGACUAUUCUGAGAUUUCCUUCAGCUCAUCAAAGAAAAAAAGCCUUCUCCACUUGUUCUUCCCACAUGAUUGUUGUCUCUAUGACUUAUGGCACCUGUAUCUUCAUCUACAUCAAACCUCCUGGGAAGGAACAGCUUGCUUUGAAUAAGGUGGUAUCAGUACUUGUGACCUCAGUUGCCCCUGUGAUGAACCCCUUUAUUUAUACACUGAGGAACAAGCAAGUCACACAAGCUUUUAAGGGCUUAAUCAAAAGAAUCACUUAUCUCCCAAAGGUGUAA